AUGGCUGGCUUCCACCUGCUAGAUCAGAUUGAGGAGGACAAACUCCAUACCGCCCGCCUGCUGCCCGUCGAAGAGCGACCCAUAAAGCGAUUGACCGGCCACUUACUUGGUCCAAAGACCCCGUUUCAGCAGUAUCUCACGCACGACGCCACGCAGACAGAAGGCGUCGAUGAGGGCAAGAUCAAGGAAUGGGAUAACGACAGCUUUCUUCUGGGUCUGAAAAAGUUUCGCAAAUCCGUCGACUACGAAUUUGCUGCGUUUGAAACUAACCUCGCGCGCAUUCAUUUGCUUCGUACGGCGAACGAGGCGGAGCGCAAUCGCUAUGCUGCUGAGAAGCUGGAAAUCGAGGGCAAAGCUGGUGAUGUUCGCGACAACAUCUUCGAUCUGAGGCAGCAAUUGGAGCAGGCGCAGCAGACGCUGACUACCCGCAAGACGUAUGAUGUGCUGGCGGAUCAAAUCACAAAGAAUCCACGUCUAAAACCGAGAGAUGAACAGCAUGUCAGCAUCGAGAAGCUGAAGUCGGAAAUUGAAGAGCUUGAGAGGGAAAGUCAGGAAUUGUCUCAGACCUGGAAUGACCGGCGCAGUCAAUUCGCGAAGGUAGUCGAUGAAGCGCAGCGGUUGCGAAGGCAGAUCCACAACGAGAAAGAGCCUGGUGAAGGUGACGCUGAAGGUGAAGAAGACGAUGACAUGGAUGGGAUCGAGCAUAAUCGGUCCAACAUCGGAACUCCACGACCCGGCGAAGAUGGGUCCACGCCCUUGCCAGGAGGCGCCAGUCGGGCCACGACCCCAGGCAUCGAGGGUAUCGCCACGCCACAGCCAGAGAUCGCCUUGCCAGAUCAACUUGAGGCUGCAGCGACUCAGAAGGCGGCUGAUGAGAUGGACACUAGCUGA